AUGCAGCAAGCACGGGAUGGUUAUGACUUUCCUACAGAGACCAGGGCCCAGAUAGGUGGCCGCCUCCAUUUCUGGUGGCAAAGACUCCUUGGAUCAACAGGUGUGUCAAGAUGCUUUAGCAGCUGGAAAGUUGCCCUCAAUGAACCGAACCAACGGGUCAUCCGAGCGGACUGUGAGCGCACGAAGGCCGACAUGGAAUACUUUCGACAGCCCCAUGUGCGGGACAAGAUGGAGGCGAUGUUGACCUGCUGGUGUCAGACGCAGCAAACGAAGUACAAGCAAGGUCUGAAUGAGGUUUUGGCACCUUUCCUCUACUUGCAGCUGCAGCUGGACCCUGAUGAUGCUGCAGUCACAGAUGAUGAGGUCUUUGACCUCUUCUCGGCUUUUGUUCAAGACUAUGCACCGUUCUUUUCUUCGGAGGAAUUUGUGCCUUUGCAGUGUGCUUUCAUAUUCUUCAGGCGAUUGCUCCUUUAUCAUUGCCCCAGGGUUCAAAACUUCUUCCUUGAGAAGGGUGUGACUCCAGACAUGUUUUGCAUGCCUUGGUUCCUGACGCUCUUCGCGAGCAAGAUGCCUAUGAGGCUAACUUUGCAGCUGUGGGAUCAUCUGCUGGCACGAGGGGAACCACACUUCUUCAUGUUCCUUGCCCUUGCGGUUGUGGCAAAGGCGGAGAAGACCAUCUUGGCUGCGGAACGCAGCACGCUGCCAGAGAUUCUGACAUCGCUUGGCAUCUCUUCUUUGACAGAAAUGGAGAGUCAUCGCAUGUUUGCCGAGGAGCUUGUGAUGAUGACUCCAGCCACAUUCAUCUCUCGCGUGAGGCGCAUCGUGCUGAAAGCCGAAAAGAAGGAGGUCCAGCAACUGGAGCGGCUGGAAAAGGAAGGAGUUUUCUUCAUUUUCCCAGAGGAAGUGGUUGGCCAUUGCUACCCGCCAAGACCUGGAGAGGCUUUGAAGCCGUGGCAGCCCACUGCGAGUUGCACCUGGCGUUUGCUGCUGUUGGACCUGCGUCCUGCACCAGAGUUUGAGGCCAUGCGGCUUCCCGCCGCAGUACAUUUCGAUGCGGCGGCACGCUUCCCUCAGGAAGCCUCUUUGGGUCAAAGAGGUUCGCCCACCUCAGCAUUGUGCCCAGUGCGCUUACUUCAGGAGUCCUAUUCAUUGACCUUUUGGACUCGCUGCGUGGCCUCGGACAGGCUAGCUGUGGCCUGUGCUAAAGCCUACAAAGGUGGAGAUGCCAAUGCCAAUAAGGUUGCGCUCUGCGAGGUCGUCCCUGCUCGCAUUCGCAGACUCGAGUGCAAGCAAUGCCAGCACGAACGCGCCUCGAAAAAGCGAGUGUUGGAUGGAAACAUGAGGGGUGACGAGCAAAGGAAGCUGGAGCAAGCAAAGGCUGUGUUUGCGACGAAUGCGGUGAAGUACCACGUCAACAAGCUGCGGGCGCUAGACUGGGCACGCCAGCACGGGCAAGCGGUCAAAUAUGCCAUUGCAAAAGACACAAUUUCCAGCCGGGCGUUGCAAGAAAAACCGGACUUGGGCAAAGACAAGGUGACGUGGCUGCAACGUCACGAUCAGGACUGUGGCGGGCUGUACGGGGUUUUGCCCUUGUGCAUCGGCAUGCCGGUCACGGCAACCGAUCACUUGGAUCGCCGCAGAGGCAUACUGAAGGGAUGUCCGGGCACAGUUGUUGGAUGGAGCUGGCAUGAAGCAGCGGGAGGGAGUACGACACAGAUUUGGAAUCAGCUCCCGACCAAGUCAGAGUGGCGAGCGCAGGGGCUGGCCACGGACAACGUGUUUCCGGUGACGCUCCAACGGCAAGCGUGGCAUCUGGACAAAGGCCGAAAGCGGCCCAUGCUGCGGGUGGUGCGACGGCAAUUUCCGUUGGCGCCCGGGUUUGCCACGACGGCGCAUGCAGCGCAGGGCCAAACUUACGCAGAAGGGGCAGUCACGGACAUGCAGAUCGGCGAAGGCGGAGACCCGCUGACCGCAUACAUCGCUGUGACGCGAGUGAAAGAUAGACACGGGUUACACAUAUACAGACCGUUCGAUGCUGCACCCUAUCAGAAAGGACGCAGCGUAGGGAGAGCUUUGCUGUUGCAGGCCUGGCGCGGAGAGAGCAUUGACUGGGCAACGUUGCGCAUGCGGCACCGCGAGGAGGAAGUGUGUCGCGAGUGCCACGAAAGCAAACCCAGAAGCGGGUACAGCGCCGGGCAAUGGAAACGGGACGCGGACGCACGUGUGUGCAGAGAAUGCGUGCGUAACUACGCAGCCAACAACACGCCCUGGCAAUGCAACAGUUGCAAGGCAUGGAAGCACGAAGACGCCUUUGCAAGAAUGUACGCGCGCCCCCAAUGCACGUUCUACCGCGUGUGCCAGACGUGCGAGGCACAGAAGCGGUGCUACAAGUGCGGCACGGCCAAGCCGGAAAGUGCAUUCGGGGCGGCCGCGUGGAAAGGGCGCCAUGCAGACCGACGUGUCUGCAGGGACUGCGCCAUGAAAGUCAAGGGUGCGUGGCGCUGCGCCGUGUGCACGGAACGUAAGGCGCGCAAUGACUUCAGCGCCUGGUCCAGGCAGCGCGCUGCACCGCAAGACGGAACGCAGCGUUGCAACGCUUGUGUCCUCAGCGCGGCCAAGCGCGCAGCAGCGCAGCGCGCAAACAACAGACGUGCGCGGCGCAGAGGACGGCCUGCCCGGGCGGAUGCACGGGUCUACAGCUGCCACGGGCAGCGGUUGCCACGAAGUGUCGCGCAUAGAGCCAUACGGCGCCUGGCUGCGACGCGGACGAAAGUAACCGAAGAAAAGAGACAGCAAGUCAUAGGUCUUGUACGGGAAGAGAUCGCUGACCGUGUGCGACAGAAGCAAGCCGAGGAUGAGGUGCUCUUUCCCCGGGCGCAGGAGCCGAACCGGAGAGAAGAAAGGCAGAUGGCCCAAAGCAAGACGGAAAUUGAAGCAGAAAGCAAGACCGCAAGAAGAUACGCAGGCCACUGCGAGAGCCGCAAAGAAGACAAACGCAGCGCCGGCAAAGUCCUCACUUCCACUGAGCUUGGUCUGCGACACAUCUCUGUGGCCAGCGGCGGCUUUGAGGUCAGCAGGGCACCGCACCAUACAAGCAACUGUAAGUUGUCCCUGACUCCUCCUGCCGCCUGCCUUGACAUGAAGGCCGUUUUGAAGUUCGCGCAGAAGCACCACUAUGACAUUGUGCAGCAAGAGCGCUGGAAGCCACCCAUUGGCGCACUGGAUGGUGUCCUGAGGCAAGAUUAA